GGGGUAUCAAGCAAGGAAGCUUUACUUUUCUCUGUGACACUUCCAAUAGUUCUGCCGGACCGAGGCUGCCGUGACUGAAGGCCAGCCAGACCGCACCAGCACUACGUCCACCACAAUGAUUCACUUGACGAUGUGGGCAGUCCUGACGCCGGUUUUCCUGGUGUCGCGCGGUGCUGCAGUGGAGCCUGCGGGGGGAGCCUCUCCUGGCUCAGGUGCCCUGAGCCUCCCGUGGCAGGAUGAGCUGUGCUGUGACUCAGCUCUUACUCACCUCGCUGAGACGAGCCGCUCCACUACAAACCUCCCACACCAUUCCUGCUGCGGCUUCAGGAACUUCACCACUGAAACACCGUUGUCCCCGCGGCUCUCUGGUGGUUCCUGUUUGAACCUGUUGUGCCGAAUUGAUGCAAGCUGGACAUAUUUAACUUGUGAUCUUCAGCCUCGCAGCCAGCCGCCUGGUAGACUGUACAGUGGCCGUCUGGCGGUCAGCUUACAGCGGCUGUCUGAGAAAAACAACACGGAGGUGAAUGACUCUGAUAAUCCUGUUGUUUGUGAAGUGAACGAUUCCUUUACCUGCUCUUUCACUCUUAAACCUACCUCUGGCUUUGUCGCCAUGGUGACCGUCAGCAUCUCCAAUGAGGCGGCUCCACCGGUCCUGCUCGUCAUCCCCCCCCGACCUGUAAAACCAAGUCCCCCAGUCAACGUGUCACACUUUGUGACGACUAAACCGGAGCUGGUUGUCCAGUGGGACGACCCGCCAGACCAUAAUACCAGUCGGCUUAGGUGUGAGGUCCGAUAUUUCUCCAACACCAACCACACAGUUCAGCAGGUUGUACCUUCACCUGGAAAGCGCAGUCUGUCUCUGGAUCUGAAGCCUUACGUGAUCUACACCGUCCAGGUCCGCUGCUCCGGCCCGGCAGAACCUCCGCUGUGGAGCGAGUGGAGCAAGCCCCACCGCCUCUACCUGGACACGGUGAGCUUCAUCCCAGAGAGAGUGCUGGUGCGACCGGGAGAAAACGUAACGGUGUAUUGCGUGUUCAACAAUCGCAGCAGAAACGCCAGCUCAGCUGCAUGGAGGCAAAACAGACAGUUCCUUCCUAGCAGCCAGUACCAUCCGUACAACCAGUGGGUCAGCCAGAUAACCGUGCGUGCUUCAGGAAACCGGAUGUACGACACGCUGAGGUGCAUACAGGACUGGCCUUACAGCAGGAUCUUUGUGGAUGAGCCUUUCGUUGACAUACAGUGUGUGACCAAUGGAAACAAAACUGCCAUAGACUGCAACUGGGAGAAGUGGGAUUACCCGCCGUUGGAGAACCUCACAUUUCAGUCCAAGGGCUCUAACCUCCCAUGUGAAGAGAUGGAGAGGAGGGAGGGACUUGGAGAGGAAGUUGGGGUCGCUGGUCCUUCUUGCCUGAACAUCAUUCCCGAUUAUAAAAAAUGCAAAAUCCAGCUGGUGAAGAACUGCUUCAAAGUUUGGCUGCAAAUGAAAUCCGGAUCGAUUACCAUCAGGUCCAAACCCAUUUACCUGGCACCAGAACGUCACGUGAGACCGAACAAACCCAGCAUCGUGAGCGCGGUCAGCCAGAGCUCUCGGGUCCUGAAAGUCUCCUGGAGUCUAGUUCCACGGCUGGUCGGAGGCGUCCAGUGUCAGCUCCGGUACCAUUCGCUACCUACUAUGUGGGAGGAGUGGAAGGUCCUGAGUCCAGUAGAGGAUCCCUGGAUGGAGGUUAAAAUACCAGACAUGUGCGGCGUGUACGCGGUUCAAGUACGCUGCAUACCCAAAGGCGGGAUCGGCCACUGGAGCGAGUGGAGCAGCUCCAAGCGGUCAACACCUCAAAACAGUAAAGCUCCUGAACGCGGCCCUGAUUUCUGGAGAAUCCGUCACGAUGAUCCACGCAGAAACCAAUCCAACAUCACUUUGCUGUUUCAGGACAUCCCAGUAUCCGGCAGCUUGUACUGUGUGGACGGACUUCUCGUCCAGCACCGGUCCUCCGGUGGAAACGUGCUGACGAAGAAGAUCCAUCGGGGGUCGUCCUACAGCUUCAGCUGGGACCAGGACCCCCAGACCCUGACUGUGAAAACCUUCAACAGUCUGGGGAGCUCAAUCAACAACGUGAACAUGACUCUGGAGAAACGAGCUAAACGUGGCUGUUUGCUUUCUUUUCACGGGUCGAUCAUGAACAGCAGCUGCGUGUUUUUGUCCUGGAGUCUGUUGGAUCGGAGCUCGGAGCCCCUGUCCGUGGUGGUCGAGUGGUCUCCACAAAGACCGCAGGACUCUGGCCCGAGUGAGCCCAAGUGGGCCAGACUGCCCUACACCGACCGCCCCGUCUACUUGCACGGAGAAUUUUUGAGCUCUGAGUACAACUUCUACCUGUAUCCCGUGUUUGCUGAUGGGGAAGGGGAACCGAUGUUCACUUUAGUGACCAGACGUGCGUCUGCGGCCUACAUGAUGCUGACGUUGAUCCCUUUCCUUUGCAUUGCCCUGUUCAUCACGCUCAUUCUCUCCCAAAAUCGGAUAAAGAAGCUGGUGUGGAAGGAAGUUCCCAACCCGUACCAGUGCUCAUGGGCCAAAGGACUGGACUUUCAAAAGGUGGACACCUUCGACCACCUGUUCGGACCUCCAGAAGGUCUCCCAGCUUGGCCGCUGAAGUCUGAGAACACCUCCAAAGUCAUCAUCGUGGAUAAAGCUCUGACCAAAGCCCUGAUGCACACCCCAUUUAUGUCUCUUCCUCCUGAUCCUGCCACUGCGUCAGCCGCCACCCCCCCACCACUGAUCGAUUUAACGAUCAACGGUGAUCCGGCCCUUGCUGGACAUCCUUUCUUAGUGGUUAAUCUGGAUGCUUCAAGUAUAGAUGAAUUACAACCAGCGGAUCCCCUAGUGGACCAUCAUCCAGGCAGAACUGAUAGUCCUGUCCGGUCCUCAGUCACGUAUGCCAAUGUGCUGCACGCCGAUUUGAAGCAGGACAAGCUGCACAUUCAUCACCAUGACAAGGAUGGGAGUGGCAGCAGCUCCAGUGACGAGGGGAUUUUCUUAGCAAGCAACAUAGACACUUCUGAACGCUUUCCCGAUGGUCUGUGGGAGCUGGACAGCUGUCACGGUGCAGACGUGGACGAUCUGAGGCGCUCUUGCUCCUUCAGCUCUGUGGAGGAGCUUUCUGAAACGUCAGACCAGGAACACAGUGGGCAAGAGAAACAGUUGCAUUAUCUAACGAUUGCACUGCCAGCAGAGGAUGAAGGGGGUGAAGAGGAGGAGACGGAAACUGACCCUCUCCGAAAUAAUGUUUUGAACCAAAAGAACUGUUUUGUGGAGUCACAUCCUCUGCUCGCCUUGACGGACUCUAAAGAGCACGGCGAUGUGUUGUCAACAUCAAAUUGUGGCUUGUCCUCACCGUAUCGGCCUCUAAAAAUCGCUCCACACAUGAGGCGACUCACAACUCGAGCACAAGACAGCAAUUCCUAACGCUGAGAAUCCAUUGUGUCGUGAACCGAUUCAUGCUUUACCAUCCUCCAAAGCUGGUUUUCAUCUCGCACAUUGGAUACACAUGGAUAUAGUCAAGCGCGGAGCUGGAAAAUGUAAAUGAAAUACCACAAAGUACGAACUGCUCAUCGCCGUUCGGCGGUUCAGCUGUUGUGUGUGUAAACGGACGUCAAGAGGGGACGUCUCGUGAAUGUUUUUCCUGCUGUCACGUGGAUUUUUAAUCCUAGAUGUCAUUGUGCCUCCCUGCAGAGGUGCAGCAUCGCCGACUGAAGAAACACAACUCAGAAAUAAGCUGGUUGUAAAAGCAGCAACGACGAGGGUGAGAAACAGGAGUCCAACAUGCUGCAGUUCAUGUUCAGCAUAUUUAAAAGUCAGUAGAUGUGGAUGGUUAACUUGAAAGAAGAGUCUUUGUACUGGCAUCCAUUGAUUUGCUAGUUACAGUGGUGAAAAUAAGUGUUUCCAUCGUUGCUGUAUUCCCUCUGCUGCAUUGAAGGAGAAGAUGAAAGAGCUUCAAAGAGCAUGAAGAAGAAGCACAGAACGAGGCAGAAGGAGCCUGUAAUCUGUGUGAUUUGGGCCUGCUCAAAGUACGUUCGACAUCGAAGGGAAGGAGAACCACGGAUGUCACUUUAAAGCCGGGUGCGCUUCGGCGUUCCAGCUGAUUUUUUUUAUUUUUUUUUACUUCUCAUUUACAUUCAUAGGCAUCUUGUGCAUUAACAUCUGUGUGCACGUAUCCGUUUGCUUCAGUAUUCGAGAAGUGUGAUGGUUUUGUCUCUACUUCUACAUGAAAGCGACAGUUGUCGUGUUCUGUAAAUGAAAGACCUGAAUGAAAACUACAAAAAAAAAUCCAGAAAAACAGACAUGUGAAUGCCAAAAAAUGUUGUACGACAAGAAGACAUUUUGUCUAUUUUCAUGA